UUAAACCUCUCUCUUCCCCUCUCCCUCUCUUCGGUACUUUUCGUUCACAAAAUAAUACUCUCUCUCUCUCUAUCUCUCUUCACGACACCACCAGAACGUUUGGAGAAUUCAGGCAGCAUCUCCUACGCCGUGGCACACGCGAUCCUCCGUCGUGAGGUUGUGAUUCAUCUGGCGGGAAUACAGUGAUUGUGUGUGCGUGAAAGCAAGACAUUUUUUGCAGAGAUGAGUGUUGUUGGUUUUGACUUUGGUAAUGAGAGCGGCGUUGUUGCCGUUGCGAGGCAAAGGGGAAUCGACGUUGUACUUAAUGAUGAGUCCAAGCGCGAGACUCCCACUAUUGUAUGUUUUGGUGAGAAGCAGAGGUUCCUUGGGACAGCUGGGGCUGCGUCGAGUAUGAUGAAUCCAAAAAAUACGAUUUCUCAGAUUAAGCGGUUGAUUGGACUCAAGUUUUCGGAUCCUGAGCUGCAACAGGACCUAAAGACAUUGCCUUAUUCUGUGUCUGAGGGGCCUGAUGGGUUCCCACUAAUCCAUGCACACUACUUAGGAGAAGUGAGGACAUUUACUCCAACCCAAGUUUUGGGGAUGGUGUUAUCUAAUUUGAAAAGCAUUGCGGAGAAGAAUCUGAAAGCAGCAGUUGUCGAUUGCUGUAUUGGGAUACCUGUUUAUUUUACUGAUCUUCAAAGAAGAGCUGUUAUGGAUGCAGCUACAAUUGCGGGCUUGCGUCCUCUUCGAUUAAUGCACGAGACUACUGCUACUGCAUUGGCAUACGGAAUUUAUAAAACAGAUUUGCCCGAGAGUGACCAAUUGAAUGUUGCAUUUGUUGAUAUUGGGCAUGCUAGUAUGCAAGUAUGUAUUGUUGGUUUCAAGAAAGGCCAGCUGAAGGUAUUGUCCCACUCAUUUGAGCGGUCUGUGGGUGGAAGAGAUUUUGAUGAAGUUCUGUUCCAGCACUUUGCUGCGAAAUUCAAGGAUGAAUACAGAAUUGAUGUUUUCCAGAAUGCAAGGGCUUGCCUGAGGCUUCGUGCUGCUUGUGAAAAGUUGAAGAAGGUUCUCAGUGCAAAUCCAAUGGCACCUCUGAAUAUAGAGUGCUUAAUGGAGGAAAAAGAUGUCAAAGGUUUUAUCAAGAGAGAGGAAUUUGAACAACUUAGUGCUCCACUUCUAUCGCGUUUGACAGAGCCACUAGAGAAGGCUCUUCUGGAUGCUCAGCUUUCAAUUGAGAAUAUCCAUGCCGUUGAGGUUAUUGGUUCAGGGUCUCGUGUUCCUGCUGUAAUCAGGAGUUUGACAGAGUUCUUUGGGAAAGAGCCUCGUCGUACGAUGAAUGCCAGUGAGUGUGUUGCAAAAGGCUGUGCACUACAAUGUGCAAUUCUUAGUCCCACAUUUAAAGUGCGAGAGUUCCAGGUCAAUGAUGUCUUUCCUUUCCCUAUUGCGCUGUCAUGGAAAGGUUCUGCUCCAGAUACACAAAAUGGAGCUGCAGAUAAUCAGCAGAAUACCAUUGUUUUUCCUAAGGGGAAUCCAAUACCGAGUGUGAAGGCUCUGACAUUUUACAGAUCUGGCACAUUCUCAAUAGACGUGCACUAUGUUGACGUGAGUGAAUUUCAAGGACGAACAAAGAUUAGCACUUAUACGAUCGGUCCCUUCCAAUCAACAAAGAGUGAACGGGCCAAACUGAAGGUUAAAGUACGCCUAAAUCUGCAUGGAAUUGUGUCGGUCGAGUCAGCAACACUUUUGGAAGAAGAGGAGGCUGAAGUUCCAGUUGUAAAAGAGCCUGUUAAGGAAGCAACUAAGAUGGAGACCGAUGAAGCCCCAGCUGAUGCUGCUGCUUCUGCUCCUGGUACCACAGAAAUCGAUGUAAAUAUGCAAGAUGCUAAAGGAGCUGGUGAUGUUCCUGGGACUGAAAACGGUGUUCCAGAAGCCGGAGACAAGCCUGUCCAAAUGGAAACUGAUGCUAAGGUUGAGGCUUCGAAGAGAAAGGUGAAAAAAACAAAUAUACCUGUAUCAGAGUUGAUUUACGGAGGAAUGGCACCUGCAGAUGUGCAAAAAGCAGUGGAGAAAGAGUUUGAAAUGGCUUUGCAGGAUCGUGUUAUGGAAGAGACCAAAGAUAAGAAGAAUGCUGUGGAGGCCUAUGUUUAUGACAUGAGGAACAAGCUUCAUGACAAAUAUCAGGAAUUCGUUUUGGAUUCAGAGAGAGAAGAGUUUACUGCUAAACUUCAGGAAGUUGAAGACUGGUUAUAUGAAGAUGGUGAGGAUGAAACCAAAGGUGUUUAUAUUGCCAAGCUUGAGGAGCUCAAGAAGCAAGGUGAUCCCAUUGAGGAGCGCUACAAGGAGUACACGGAAAGGGGAUCAGUGAUAGAUCAAGCUGUCCAUUGCAUCAACAGUUACAGAGAGGCUGCAUUGUUGAAUGAUCCUAAAUUUGAUCACAUCGAUUUAGCAGAUAAGCAGAAGGUUCUAAAUCAGUGUGUGGAAGCUGAGGCUUGGUUGAGAGAGAACAAGCAGCAUCAGGAUUCGCUCCCAAAACAUGUCACUCCGGUUCUUUUGUCAGCUGAUGUGAGAAGGAAAGCUGAGGCACUUGAUAGGUUCUGCAGACCGAUAAUGACGAAACCAAAGCCAGCCAAGCCAGCAACUCCUGAAUCACCGUCACAGACUCCCCAAGGAAGUGAGCCGCAGCCACAGGGUGCAGAGAAUGACAACCCCAACAACGAUGCUAAUGAGAGUGCUGCAGCUGGAGGUGAAGUACCACAAGCUGAGCCAAUGGAAACAGACAAGUCCGGAACCACACAAACUGCUCCAUAAGUCUGUAAAGCAGUUUGUAAUUUUGUGUUAUGGAGGUCAAAUUUUGGUUCAUUCAUAUAGUUUACCAUUUGCACCAGGUUUUAAUGGUCUAGAGAGGCCAUGGAAUGUUUGUUUGUGAGGUUAUUUAAAGCCAUUUACUCAGUUUGAUGGUUUGGCAAGUUCUACAAUUUUUAUAGGGCAGGUAUCUGGAAUACAGUUUUCCAAAAAGGGCUUGUAAGUGGAUAGGUAAAUUGCUACUAUCCGUCCCACUGUGUUCUUGAUGAGACCUAAUAUUUAUCAGUGUCAUCCAACUCUCUUUUUGUUGCGGGGAUGUACUAUUUGGUUCCAUUUCUUACUGGAUUUUGCAUGCUAUAAAUGCCCUGCUGGCAUUGGGUACAAAGUCUAUCUUGUGGUGUAUGUAUGUGUUAAUCAUGUUAAAUUGUGUGUGAG